AGCGGGAAAAUACACACAACAAUCCGAUGUCUGUUGCAUGUUUUAUUAACGUUAAAUGAAGCAACUGAAUCGAAAAUGUCGGAUCGAUCAUGUCCACUGUCGUCGGAGGUACAACGACGACCCCCGCUAAUCAAAUCCACAAUCUUUCAUCUUCUCUUCAAUUAAACAUCAAUAAAUUCAAUAUACGACUGUUCGUUUCAAUCCCCAUAAUAUACACGUUCUUAUGCGAGUUUAAUCGCCCCAUUCAUUCAUUUUAUAACAUUGUUUCAGAAUUUUGAACUUUUUUCAUCCAUAAACCAUCGCCAAGAUCCAGCAGUGGCUGAAGUGUGAAUAAUGAGUGCCGCAGGAGAGGAAGAAGAUCUCACGUUGGAGUACUCGCCGACGUGGGUGGUAGCCGCCGUCUGCUUUGUCAUCGUCUCCAUUUCCCUCGGCGUAGAACGCGUUCUCCACUUCACCGGAGAGUAUCUGAAGAAGAAGAAUCAGAGGCCUCUGUACGAAGCUCUCCAGAUAGUUGAAGAAGAGUUGAUGCUGUUGGGGUUCAUAUCAUUGCUAUUGACUGUGUUCCAAGGUCGCAUAAACAAGAUGUGUGUGCCUCCCAAUACAAUGCAUCACAUGCUCCCCUGCCCGUUAGCUCAGGAAGAAGCGUUUUUGGCUGCUGAAUUGGCUCCUGUUUCCCAUGACAAAGAGUUCCAUAGCUGGAAGUCACCUCCUGAGCGAGUACCAGGAACUGGUUAUUGCGUUGCGAAGCAUAAAGUUCCAUUACUAUCUCUAGAAGCAUUGCACCACCUCCACAUAUUUAUAUUCGUUUUGGCCAUCGUCCACCUUGUGUUCACUGUCCUCACCAUUCUAAUAGGAGGGGCAAAGAUACGCCAAUGGAAGCAAUGGGAGGAUGCAAUUGCAGAAGCCAAUUUUGAGACUGGGCCUGAUCUGCAACCAGGACUCACUGAUGUCCGUCACCAUGAUUUCAUCAGGAAUCGAUUUGUGGGUGUGGGUAAACGGUCGACCAUCUGGGGUUGGUUGCACUCUUUCUCUAAGCAAUUUUUUGGUUCUGUCUCAAAGUCAGAUUAUAUAGCACUUCGUAUGGGCUUCAUUAUGACACAUUGCAGAGGGAAUCCGAAAUUUAAUUUUCACAAGUACAUGAUGCGUGCACUGGAAGAUGAUUUCAAGAAAGUUGUUGGCAUUAGUUGGUAUUUGUGGUUAUUUGUCAUUUUCUUCUUGUUGCUGAAUAUCAACGGAUGGCAUACAUAUUUUUGGAUAGCAUUCAUUCCUUUUGCACUUCUACUUGCUGUAGGUACAAAGUUGCAGCAUGUGAUAAUACAAUUGGCACAUGAGGUUGCAGAGAAGCAUGCAGCAAUAGAGGGUGAAUUAGUUGUGCAACCAUCUGAUGAUCAUUUCUGGUUUCACCGCCCCCAAAUUGUUCUCAAUGUUAUACACUUUAUUCUCUUCCAAAACGCUUUUGAAAUCGCCUUCUUCUUCUGGAUAUGGCUGCAAUAUGGGUUUGGUUCCUGCAUCAUGGGACAAGUCAAGUACAUUGUGCCCAGGCUUCUCAUAGGAGUUAUCAUUCAGGUGCUUUGCAGCUAUAGCACAUUGCCCCUUUAUGCCAUUGUUACACAGAUGGGAACCUAUUUCAAGAAGUCGAUAUUCGAUGAACAUGUUCGGGCCGGUCUGGUCGAGUGGGCUCAGAAGGCAAAACGAAAGAAAGAGUUGAAAGUUACUCCAAAUGCAGCCCCAAAUGAGGAGGCAUCAAACGGUCGUUCGUCCACACCCACAAGCGUACAGAUGGGAGAGAUUUACAUGAUCAAUGAGGAGCGGCAAACGAUUAAUCAUGACGAUGAUUUGUAGAGUAGUAACCAUGUACGAGUUGCAGUGGGUAUUUAACCGUAUUUUGUUCCUCACUUCCACGUAUAUACUUUGAAAUUCAGUGCAUGCAUUUCAUUUCAGCAUUUAAUCCAAUUUUGGAGACCUCCCAGAAA